AUGGCCUCUGACCCCUUCGCCGUGCCAUCCUUCCUGGGCCCUACUAUGGCCGCUCAGCUCGUUAUUCAAGCCCAAUAUCGUGGAAAAGCUAUAUGUCGCAGCCGCACCACUUUCGGAUGUUUUCGCAGUUUGCUUUCUCAGACGAAAGUAAUUUGA